GACAGCAGGGGAGAAUGGGAAGCCAGGGCUAUCUCUGCCCUGAAUGCCCAGCAAGGCACCCCCUCCAGCUGCUCCAGCCCCAUGGGAGUUGGGAAGGACAUAGGAAUCCUCACAAAUGCUGAUCUCUCUCUUUAUCAGAGGCUGCUGCGUUGGCACAGAACUGAGGAUGAGGCUGGAGCUCUGAAAGCAUCAAGUGGGAUUUGCAGCUCUCCUUGCCACUACAGGAAGCAAAGUUGCAUUCGAGACAGCAGCUAUGAGGAGUGUCCUGGUGUUUGUCUGCCUGGUGGGGAUGGCGAGCACCUUCUCGGUCAAGAGCUGGCUGCUGCGACCCAAGCUGGAUGACUCGGAAGAGAACGCGGUUUUCAAGAGGCAGCACCGGCACUACCUGUACAAAUACAUCUACGUGUAUUCCCCGCAGCGACGGUACCAGGGCAGUGACUCAUCUGAGGAAGAGGGGGAUGGCUCGGAGGAGGAGGAAGAGGGGGAACCAUUUUAUGCUGGCACCAAGGCAGCUGGACACCCCGCUGGAGUAGCCCCUGAGGACUGCCAAGGUGCACUGACAGGAGAUGUCACAUCCCCCCAGCAGAGCGAGGGCUGCCAAAGGAUCAGGCAGAGGACUGCCAACAAGGAGGAAGACUCUGAAAAUGAAGACAGUGAUGAGAAUGAAGAGGAAGAGGAGGACGAAGAAGUAGAUGAGAAUGAGAAUGGUGUCAAUGGCACAAGCACCAAUACCACAGAGGGUAUUGGACCUCAUGGCAAUGGCACUGUGGCGGCUGAGGAGGCCACUGGUGAAGCUGAGGAAGAGGAAGAAGGGGAAGAGGAGGAAGAAGAAGAAGAAGAAGAGGAAGAGGAGGAGGAAGAGGAAGCUGAAGCCACCACCAUUGCAAGCACCACCAACGAAGAGGGUCUGACACAGGCGACCACUAUAGAUGAUGGGGGACCCACAGAUGCCACCACAGAUGCCACCACAGUUGGGGAGCUGUGGGAGUAUGAUGUGACAGCCAGGGACCACAGCCGGGGUGAGGAGGGCACCACUGAGGGGGGGUACGAGGAUCAGGAUGAGUACGCACGUGGGGACAGCUACCGGGCCUAUGAGGAUGAGUACGGCUACUACAAAGGGCACGGGUACGAUGUGUAUGGCCAGGAUUACUACUACAGCCAGUGAGCAGGGGGGACAGCCCUGCCAGCCCCAGCCACUCAGGAAGGUGCAUUUGAAGGAUCCCUGGAGCCACCACAUGCCAGAGGGGAUGCCAGGCAUCUUGCCAUGCACGCUGGCUCCAUCCUAGGCUUUUUUUUUUUUUUUUUUGGUAUCUUGCAAAGUGAAAUGAAAUGAAAUGAAAUGAAAUAAAAUGAAAUGAAAUGAAAUAAUAAAGCAACUGAACUGAGCUUGUUGAUGACAAAAGGUUUGCUGCCAAAUUUUCUGGGGUCAGUGCAGCAGCACAGUGCUUG